AUGGCGGCGAAAGGCAAGUUGGGCGGCCUUCGGGCCGCGCUCGCCGAGGAGCGAGAGCGGCUCGGCAAGGUCCUCGACCAGAUCGACGAGGCUCUCGACUGCGUUGAAUCUGGCGCGUCGAAGGAGUUGCCGCAGCAUGAGGGCGACCUCCCGGCGGCGGUGCCCACGAUGCGCGAGGCCGCGCAGGCAGGGCGCCGCGUCGCACCGGACAGGACGAGGUCGCAGCCGCCAGUUGCGGCGUGGGAUCUGGGCGCCAAGGGGAAUUCGCAGACCAAGGGCGACCCGGACCAGCCAGACGUGAAGGACUCUUCCCCGAAGGCAAAGACGGUGUGGUCACCGACCGUCUCUGUGGCCGCGGACCCUGUGCCGCUGGCAGCCCCCGUGAAGGAUGGCACGGCGUCCCAGCCCGCCAGGGUGAAUUCCGUCGGCGAUGUCAACGGGAGGAAGUCGGUGCGGAAGGAGGGGCCGCGCAAGUCGCAGAGGGCGCGCCAAAUCUUCGCGAAUGCGGACCAGAUGAAGGAGCAGGUUCAGAAGGCGAUCUUGGAGCCAGAGUACAACGUGAAGAACAUGUACAAGGACGACGGCUGCUGGGCGGCCGUCGCGCGGAGCCCACUCUUCGACAUCAGCUCCAUUGUCGCGAUCACCCUGAACGCACUGUGGCUCGCAGUGGAGACGGACUACAACGACGAGCCCCUGCUCGUGAACGCGGAUCCCCCGUUCAUCAUCGUGGAGAACCUGUUCUGCACGUUCUUUGUCUGGGAGCUGAUCGUCAGGUUCAUGGCCUUCAAGGUAAAAGCAGACAGCAUGAAGGACUCGUGGUUUCUGUUCGACUGUGUGCUCGUCUCUUUCAUGGCUUUCGAGACAUGGGUCCUCUCAUUCCUCGUGUGGGUAUCGGGCGGCGCCCUCGGUGCCAACUCCAGCUCCACGUCGGUCCUCCGCGUGGUGCGGCUCUUCCGCAUGACCCGCGCCGCGCGCGUCGCCAAGCUGCUCAAGGCCGUGCCGGAGCUGAUGGUGAUCGGCCGCGGGAUCGUGAUCGUCGCCCGGACGGUGGUCGUGAUCAUGUGCCUCCUGGUCAUGAUCAUCUACACCUUCGCGAUCGUCUUCACCCAGCUCGCCAAGGGCACCCGCCUCGAGGACACCCUCUGCCCCGACAUGCUGACCACCAUGAGCACCCUGCUGCUCGGGGGCAUCCUCCCGGACUUUGCGCCCACCACCCACGCCAUGGCGGCCGAGGACUUCUUCUUCGCGGCGUUCUUCUUCGUGUUCAUACUGCUGGCCUACGUGACCAUCAUGAACAUGCUGAUCCAGCUGCGUCCUGGUCGAGGUUGUGGCAGUGGUCGCGUCGGUAGAGAAAGAGACAAACCAGGUGGCGUCAGUGAAGCGCGUGCUGCAGAAGUGGGCCCCGGAAGCGGACAAUAA